CUAUCAUGGCCCCCUCCAUCGUCACCUCCCCCUCCGUCUCCACAAACGACCCAGCCGCCCCGACCUACACCGCCUCCAAUGGCUGCCCCGUCCUCAACCCCCGCGCAUCCGCCCGCAUCGGCGGCGAGUACGGCCCCCUCCUCCUCCAGGACUUCCACCUCAUCGACUUGCUCGCCCACUUCGACCGCGAGCGCGUCCCCGAGCGCGUAGUCCACGCAAAGGGCGCCGGCGCGUACGGCGUCUUCGAGGUCACCGACGACAUCUCCGACCUCACCUCUGCAAAGUUCCUCGCCUCCGUCGGCAAGAAGACAAAGACCUUCACCCGCUUCUCCACCGUCGGCGGCGAGAAAGCCUCUCCCGACUCCGCCCGCGACCCCCGUGGCUUCUCCACAAAGCUCUACACCGAGGACGGCGUCUGCGACUGGGUCUUCAACAACACCCCCGUCUUCUUCCUGCGCGACCCCACCAAGUUCCCCUUGUUCAUCCACACCCAGAAGCGCAACCCGCAGACAAACCUCAAGGACGCAGACGCCUUCUGGGACUACCUCACCACCAACCAGGAGUCCAUCCACCAGGUCAUGACCCUCUUCUCCGACCGCGGCACCCCCUACGGCCACCGCUUCAUGCACGGCUGGUCCGGCCACACCUUCAAGCUCGUCAAGGACGACGGCUCGUUCGUCUACUGCCAGAUCACCAUGAAGUGCGACCAGGGCAUCAAGAACUUCACCAACGACGAGGCCACCAAGAUCGCGGGCGAGAACCCCGAUUUCGCAACCGAGGACCUCUUCAACGCCAUCGAGGCCGGCGAAUACCCUUCCUGGACGUGCUACCUGCAGACCAUGACCCUCGAGCAGGCAAAGGAGUUCCGCUACUCGGUCUUUGACCUCACCAAGGUCUGGCCCAAGAGCGACUUCCCCCUCCGCCGCUUCGGCAAGCUCACGCUCAACAAGAACCCCGAGAACUACUUCGCCGAGGUCGAGCAGGCCGCCUUCUCGCCCUCUCACCUCGUCCCCGGCUUCGAGGCCUCCGCCGACCCGGUCCUGCAGUCCCGUCUGUUUUCAUACAACGACACCCACCGCCACCGCCUCGGCGUCAACUACCUCCAGAUCCCCGUCAACCGGCCCGAGAACGUCUACAACCCGAUGGAGCGCGACGGCGGCAUGCGCGUCGACGGAAACUACGGCGCCGUCGCAAACUACCAGUCCACCUUCGCGCCCCUGCGCUACUCCAAGGGCGUCAGCGCCGCAAAGCACGAGUACUGGGCCUCCACCGCGCUCGAGAUCUCGCCCGAGGUCACCGACCUCGACUACGAGCAGCCCCGCGCAAUGUGGGAGGUCCUCGGCCGCACAAAGGGACAGCAGGAGAACUUGGUCUAUAACGUCGUCGCGCACGCGUCCGCGGCCAAGCCUGAGAUCCAGAAGCGAGUUGCCGAGAUGUUUGGUCGCGUCGACAAGGGUCUCGGCGAGCAGAUCGCCCAGGGCCUUGCGAAGAAAGCCAGGAGCCAGUAGUUAGUUCUUUAUUUGCUAUGCCUACUAUUCAAUAAGCUAUCUUUUAUCACAUUCUAUAU